UCUCCGCCCUCCCGUCGCUCCUCUGCUCGGGGUCAGCUCCUGUCCGCUCUGCUCGGCCGCUGGCUCCCGGAGGACGGCAGGCAGGAUGACCCAAAACACGGUGAUUGUGAAUGGAGUUGCUAUGGACUCUAGGCCAUCCCAGCCCACCCACAUCAACGUCCACAUCCACCAGGAGUCAGCUUUGACCCAACUGCUGAAAGCUGGAGGUUCUCUGAAGAAGUUUCUUUUUCACCCUGGGGACACUGUGCCUUCCACAGCCAGGAUUGGUUAUGAGCAGCUGGCUCUAGGGGUGACUCAGAUAUUGCUGGGGGUUUUGAGUUGUGCUCUUGGAGUGUGUCUCAGCUUGGGGCCCUGGACUGUGCUGCGUGCCUCAGGCUGUGCCUUCUGGGCGGGGUCUGUGGCAAUCGCAGCAGGAGCUGGGGCCAUUGUCCAUGAGAAGUACCCGGGCAAACUUGCUGGAUAUGUAUCCAGCCUGCUCACCCUGGCAGGCUUUGCUACAGUUAUGGCUGCUGUUGUCCUCUGUGUGAAUAGCUUCAUCUGGCAAACCGAACCCUUUUUAUACAUCGACACUGUGUGUGAUCGCUCAGACCCUGUCAUCCCUACCACUGGGUACGGAUGGAUGUGGCGAAGUGAAGAGAUCCAACGGCAGAAGGAGGAGUGUAGAGCUUACAUGCAGAUGCUGAGGAAGUUGUUCACAGCAAUCCGUGCCCUGUUCCUGGCUGUCUGUGUCUUGAAGGUCAUUGUGUCCUUGGCUUCCUUGGGAGUAGGUCUUCGAAACUUGUGUGGCCAGAGCUCCCAGCCCCUGAACGAGGAAGGAUCAGAGAAGAGGCUACUGGGGGAGAAUUCAGUGCCCCCUUCGCCCUCUAGGGAGCAGACCUCCACUGCCAUUGUCCUGUGAGCCGCCAAAGACCCCACGGGGUGCCCGCAUGUCCCUGUCUAGGGCAGCCCAGGGCCCCCACUCCUGGCUCCUCACACUUGCCUCCACUAUGGCCGCUGUCCAGACCCUACUCAUUUCUUCUCCCCACAUCGGCACCUGCUGUUCCCACUCCGGGGUUCUCAAGUCCGUGAACAAAUAUGGUUGGAUUUUCCACAAUGCUGAUUAAACAUAAUAAACAAUCCAGAAAAGCAA